AUGACUCAGAGUAAAAGUCAACAACAAACAAAAACGAUUCAUGAUGCUGUUCGAACAAACAAUGUUAGAGAAUUGGAACAAAUGGUUCAACGAGGUGCCAGCGUGAAUCAAGUAGAUCAUAAUGAUGAUAAAUUUACGCCGUUACACUGGGCAGCAUAUUCAAACUCAUUAGCAGCACUAAUCAAUAACAAUAUCAAUUUGAACGUGCGAGAUCGACGAAAUCAAACGGCUUUACAUGUGGCAUGUGCACAUGGUAAUUCAUUCGUUUUACACACAUUAUUACGUGGUGGAGCUGAUAUAAAUCACAAAGAUAUUAAUGGAUGGUCCGCAGCUUACACGUCUGCAUAUCAUGGAAGAUUAGGAUGUUUACAACUACUAGUGAAAUGGGGAGGAAAAUUAGAUGAUGUUGAUAAUGAAGGAAAUAUAGCCGCUCAUCUCGCUGCAAUGGAAGGACAUUUACCGUGUUUGAAGUUUAUUGUCUCUGUUAAUCGCGAUAUCAUGGCUACUCUCGGAGCAAGAAAUGAUCAGGGUGAUACACCAAAAUCAUUAGCACAACAGUUUUACAAAGAAGACUGUGUGAAUUAUCUUGAUGCGUUAGAAUGGGAGAAGGAUAAUGCUGAACAAGCUGAAAAUUUGGCAUUUCCUGCCCAUGUCGCUGCUUAUAAUGGUGACUUAGAUCAUGUCAAACUUCUUGUUGAACAAGGUGUUGUGAAUAUAAAUGAACGCGAUGAACGAGGAGCAACAAUGGCUCAUAAAGCUGCUGGCCAAGGACACUUGACUGUUCUUCAAUGGUUAUUAGAAAUGGGUGCCGCAACUGAUAUAGCAACAAAUUCUGGUGAAACUUGCAAAGAUGUUGCUAGAAGAUUUGGACAAUUAGCAUGUUUAAAAGUACUUGGCGGCGAUAAAAAUGAAUCGAAUGUUGACGAGCUCAGACGAGGUGAUAGUUCAAACACAAAAGAAGCCAGGAGAAGUCCAAAAGCCGAAGAAAAAGGCAGAGCAAAGACGAAAGUUGAAGAAUUAGAAAAAAUGUUAGAUAUAGCGAAAAAAAAUUAUCGACAAUUAGGUGGCCGUUCUGAAGAAGAUCAUGAACGUGAAACAGUUGAACAAAAUGCACAAAAAACCAUAGAUGAAUUAAAUGUAACUUUAGAAUAUGAACGUGAUAAACGAGAAAAACGUGAAGCAGAAUUAGAUGAUUGUCGAAAAGAAAUUGCUCGUCUUGUUACAUCAUUACGAAGUUUAGAAGACAAAAUGCUUUCACACAACCGUCCACCAAGUGCAAAUAAACCACGAAAAAAACCAUCAUCUGCAAGUAAAAAACGUCGAGCAGAAAAAGAAACUGGGCUAGUAUUUCUUCGAAGUAAUUCAGUGAAUUCUUAA